AUGGUAUUCUCAGCGCUUACGUUUGGACAAGAGGUUGAACUGAUCUGGAGGCGACGCUGGUCCCUGAUGACCUUUCUCUAUCUCUGUGUGCGCUAUGCGGGAAUAGGAUAUGCUGUGUACGUUUGGAUGUUUAAGCCAUUGAUGUUGCGCUCAUUACCCAUCUCUCACAAUAGGAUGAUCAUGUUAGCCAAUGUUUCAACAAUUUCGAUGACAGAUGCAGUGAGUAUUAUCAUAAACGACGCAAUUGAUUGGACGAGUGACGUUGUAGAUGUAAUGCUGGGCGCCAGUGAGCUAUGCACCUCCGUGAUAUUGACUUGACUGAAAC